AUGCCGCCUAAGCGCAAAAGAGAUUCCUUGGAGAUUUUUCAAGCCCCCACUGAUGAAAAAACGAAGAAAAGACUUAAAACAAUCUUGGAGCACGAAGAUAUUGCCCCAUAUAAUCUCAAGUCGUUAGAACUCGGACACAUUGAAGGAAAGCCGACUGGCCUCGCGCUUUGCGAAUGCGGACAAACCUUUGUCGCUGGUUCAAAUGGAGCUCUACAUCUCGACAAAAUAAGAAUACAUUUGAGUCGUAACCACGCAUCUCGAUCAUCGCCAUGGGAUAAAAAAUUGAAACAAAUCCCUGAAGACCUUGUCAAUGGUGUUCAUCGACAAAACGCUGUUUGCAUCGCAACACACAAUCUCCCGAUGAAUAUAUUUUCUGAGCAAGCAUUUGUGGAGUGCGAUCGAAUUCUGUUGAAAGGAUUGUCACAUGACCCUGAAGGGGCUCAAGAUCUCAAAAUGAGCAGAUAUCUACUCCGAAAAAGAAUUCGAGAUAAUGCAAUAUUGAUGAAAGAGCAACUUGGUGGAAAUUUCGUUCUUCUUGCGAACGAAGGAUUUAUUUCUUUGUUAUACGAUCACAAGACUGUCGGAAACAAGACCUCCGAUUACCAGGAUAAUAUUCUGUCCUUGGUAUGUCUUAUUCAUCUUGGAAAUCGAUCCAAGCCGUAUACGCUUUUCUUCGAGCCUGUUGAUUCUCUAACGAAGCUGGACACUGUACAAACGAUUCGAGACGCCCUCAUGAAAGACUACGGUAUCAACCUUGAUGAAAUAACAACUCCGUUGCCGAUCACAGUGGACGGUGGCGAAUAUCACAGCGCUAAAAUGCUGUCUGUCGCAUUCAAUGUUUGCCUCGCACAUUCAAUGAAUGUUGCUUCAAAGGGCGCUGUAAUUUAUGCACAACGCUAUUUCGACCUGGAAAAUGAGGAAAAACGAAUUGACAAUUUUCUUUUGAAAGCACGAAAGGGUCUGAGCAAGGAAGAACUCAAAAUCAUGAAGAAAGAAGGCAUGCCACAAAGCCUCGCGGAUUUUUUCUACGAUCUUCCAGUAACAGAAAAAGAUUCCGUGAAAAUCUUCAAGAUGAGGAAUCCGGAGUCAAAACUAGAAGGCGAUGCGCUCAAAUCGAUGGCGGGAAAAAAGAUCACCCAGUAUCCAAUGCCGGCGAAUCUUAACAAAAUAAGAUUCAACAGAAUGGAUCAGCAUCUGGACUUACUUCUCUGCUGGGAAGAUAACAUGCUGAUGAUGGACUCCGCCAGCUCCAAAUACAGAUAUCUUAUAACUUCACUUGCCGAUGAUUAUCCAAAUAUGGCCUAUGUUCGCGCGCAUAAAUUGGUCACAACGAUAUUCAGGAAGCAUAUUCUCCGUGCAGAGAAGAACUCUACUAGGGUGCCAGAUGUUUCUCAAAUUUUCGAAGAUUGUUUUCGAGACAUUUUGAGUCUCAAUUUGACUGCGCAUAACUAUGAUCUAGAGACUGCUGAUAAUAUAAACAGUCUUUGCAAAGACCCGUUUUAUUUGGCUCAGGAGCUCGUCAUUUGCAGUGUCACUACCGAUUGGCCAAAUGAAGCUCGAGAUUUCGUUGUUCAACUAUCUCAAAAGCUUGAAACGGAACCAGAAGAACUAAUCAUGGACGAAUUGGUGAUCGAGGAGCAAAACUCGGACAUUGAUCCAGAUGUUCUGAGACAGUCACGAGGAUCUCAGCCAAGAAUCAAUUCACCAUCAGUUGAAGGCGAAAUCGAGCGAUUCAAGAUUUCCGGGGAGAAUAUGUGGAGGGCUGCAAUAAAGGCAGUUGAAAAAAUGGGUGCACAAGUUACUGCCAGCUCAUGCUUACGGUCUUUCUACAAAUUGUACCGGAAAGACUUUCCAAGAUUAGCAAAGAUUGCUGAUUAUUUAUGCGCAAUGAAUGGUUCUGCAAGUGAGAUUGAGAGAAGUUUCGCUAGUACUACGGCGCAGGUCCAAGAUCCAAAGAAAAACAGAACGAAAGCGGCGAAAAUUGAGGAAACACUUCAGUUCAAGCAGUCCAAAGAGUUCUUGGACAUGAUGAAUGAGGCGCUCAAAAUGGUCAAAAAGGGCUUAUAA